AUGGAAAGCCUUGUAAAUUGUGAUAAAUGCCAACAACGAUUUAAUGAUAAUGAAAAUUUUCCAAAACUAUUACCUUGCUGUGGAAUAACAUAUUGCCUUUCUUGUAUUAAUUCAACGCUUAUCUAUAACUCACUUUUACUGGCUUAAGGUUCAACAGAAACUCAGAGGUAAAAUUAGCAGCAAACUUUACAACAGCAACAACCAAAAUAAUAAAUUAAGUGUGAUUAAUGCGACAAAGUUUAUGAUGGUGUAGACCAACUUGUCUCCAAUAAUAAGCUUCUGAAGAUUGCUCUAAGUCUUUAGUUUUCAACUAACCAGCCAAUAUUUAACAGCAAUCAUUCUCUGUUUCAGCCGAAUUUCAAUAACUCAUUCAGUCAAAAAAAUACAGUAAUGAAUAAUACUUAUAUGGGUAGACCACCUUUAGCAUAAACUCCAGUCAGGAAUCAACAGAUUCCAUAGAUGAAUCUAAGUAUACCCAUGAAUAUCUAAAGCAUGGAAAGUGAUGAUUAUGGAACUAGAUGUAUGGUUCACAAGCAUAAGGAACUUGAAUUCUUCUGCAGAACAUGCUCUUCUUUAGUAUGCUCAAACUGCAUGUUUUAUGAACAUAACGGACACGCUUUGUCUCAAUUAGAGGAGAUUAAUGGCCUCCUUAUUCACAAUAUUACAGAUCUCUAAAAACAACUCUCUAAGUCAAGAUCAAUUAUAAAUCUUAACAAAUCUCAACUUGAAAAGCUUCUGUAGUAAGUCACCUUUCUGGAGGAUUAACAAGUUGAAAAUAUUGAAAAGGGAUUUUAAGCAAUUAUACAGAGGCUUAAUGAAAAAAAGCAGGCAAUGAUGGCGGAAAUGACUAUGAAAUAUACUUCUGAAAAGAGAAAGUUUUCAUAGUAACUCAAGGAAGUGCUAAGAAACGAUGAAUUCUUGAAGGAUAUUGAAGAAGCAUAUAAAUAGUUACUAAAAUUUAUGGAGGAUAAUCAUCAAACUAGAGUAUUAGUGAGACUCAAUGAUAUUAAUGACUAUGUAAGUAGCUCUAUACUAAAGACUGAUGAACUGAUGAAUCAUGAGAAUAAGUAUGAUCUUAAAAUGGAUCAAACUCUUACUCCCAUGACUCUUAACAUGCAAUAAUAAUCAUUCAACAAUACAAGUGCUGCACAAUCUCCCCUAGUUAAAAUAAAUUCUAAAGUCCCUCCCUUAAAUCAGAACAUGCAAUAGUACGUGUUUCCUCAUUAACACCAAGUCUCCAAUAGUAAUAACAGUAAUAAUGGCACUGGAAGUGGAAUAGGUUAGAGAUUCAUUAAUGAGUUCAGUAGUAAUUUCAAUCCUUAGAGCAGUGAAAUGAGGAGAAGAUCGCAGUUUCCUGAUCUGAUUAUCAAGAAAAAUAGACCUCUAUACAGCUAGUUUACUUAAAUGUGA